UUGAUAUUAAUCUACACUAUAAUCGUCAUAAAUUAUUUUUUGAUUGCAAUUAGCCAUCAGGAAGCUUGCAGACGUUAUCCGUCUCACAUUUGAAGAACAAGGCAGACAGGAAGCCCAUAAAGUGAAAAUGUAACGUACCAAAGAUGAAAUUGAAAAUACUUCAAAUCACCAUUGACAUUGUGGUUUUCUUGGGUGUUAUGAUGUUUUCUAUGACAGUUUCGGGUUCGGCCGAUUCUCAGUGUUCCUGYUACAAGUUUGACCAUAACCYAAGUGACUGGGAGAAGAGCAGAAAUACKUGCAAUGCAACUGGUGGAGACAUAGUAUCCAUAGAAACGUUACAAGAAUGGAAAUUUAUCAGCAAAGAAAUAAAAACAAUAACUGAUGAUACUAGCAAUAGUCAAUGGUGGAUUGGUUUGCAAAGGAAGAAMGGACUAUGGGUAUGGUUCAGUAACAAUAACGUCACUUACGACAGGUGGAAAACAAUGAGCUUGGACGAAAGAGAAAAAGAUAGUUAUAUCUUUGCCGUGAUUGAUAAAGUAGAUGGGAAAUUCAUAAAGGCAGAGAAAUCCUUGUCAAGUGGGAAGAUUUGCGAAUACAAAGGAAAAGGUAAUUAUAAGGAGGUCAAGGAAUAUAGAGAGCUCUCUAUGCAUAAGUGCAUGUGUCCUGUAUCACAGAUAUCGAGGAAGCGAUGUCCGUGCUCUCUCAUUUGUCUCAUAAAUUAACUCAAUCUCAUAAGCUAUAAUGAAAAAUAAUGAAAAAAAACUUGUAUAGCGCAUAUACAAGUCUGUUCUAUGCGCUCUGUAUAACUAACAAACAAAUUAAACACUAAAACCUAA